UUAUAUGGUUCCAUGGUAUUAAUUAUGGAAUGCUAUAUCAAAAAGAGAAAUUCACAUGCAGAUAGUAUGCAUGGAACUAAACUGAAAAUUAAAGUCUUUGACAAACAAUAUGUACAACUUAACUUCAGCU